CACGUGGGGCAGGCGGAAGCACCCCGCGGGGGGUGGGCGCGCCUGGCCCGAGGCGGCGAGUUGGCGGCGGCGUGAGUUAGCAGCGGCUCUGGGACCGGGGUCCCCGCGAGGAGUCUUCGAUGAAAACAGCUUUGGCCCCAGCCAUGAAGAGGAAUCCUUCAGAGUAGCUGCAGCCUCCAGGAGGGAGGAGCAGUGCCCUGAGCAGCCCAGCCGGUCUGACUGAACCCUGCCGGCUGGGCCUCUGGUGGUGGGCACCAUGGCAGAGGGCGGGGACGCUGCGCUGUCGGUGGCUGAGUGGCUGCAGGCGCUGCACCUGGAGCAGUACACUGGCCUCUUCGAGCAGCAUGGAAUGAUGUUGGCCACUGACUGCCAAGGCCUCAGCGAUGCCCGCUUGGUGCACAUGGGCAUGCUACUCCCUGGCCACCGCCGUCGCAUCCUGGCUGGCCUGCUGCGUGCCCACACUGCUCCGCCCAUCCCUGCACCCCGCCCCGCUCCACGGCCUGUACCCAAGAAACGCCAUGUCUUCCGCUCAGCACCUGCACCCGCCAUUUCACUGGAGUUGCAGCCCACAGCUGGAGAGGAUGAGGGACAGCCCACGGCCCCGCCCAUCCCACCCCGCAGGAGCUGCCUCCCGCCCACCUGCUUCACCACCCCUUCCACGGGUGUCCCGUCCAUGGCCACCCCAUCUGUGACCGACACAUCCACUGCUGCUCCAGAUCCUGCGUUGCCCCCACUGCCCGCCAAGCGACAUUUAAUGGAGCCGAGUGUUCCGCCUGUGCCUCCUCGCUCCGGACCCCCGCGCCUGCUGGUGAGCCUUCCCUCCAAGGAGGAGGAGAUAUUGCUGCCACCACCACUGUCAUCCCCUCCCCAGCUAGAGCCCAAGGAGCCAUCCACCCUCCCUGGGGGGACAUCCUGCACCCCGGAGAUCCCUCCGAAGCCUCUCCGUCUGCCCCCAGAGUUUGAUGACUCUGACUACGAUGAGGCCCCAGAGCGGGGGCCGAGGGCCCGUCUCAGCGUGAUGACCAAGAAGGACCCCCCACUGAGCCGAGUCCCUCGGGCUGUACGCGUGGCCAGUCUGCUGAGUGAGGGGGAGGAACUGUCCGGGGACGACGAGGAUGAGGAUGACCAUGCCUACGAGGAUGUCCCCAAUGGUGCAUGGCAUACCAGCUGCCUGAGCUCACCUCUGCCCGUCCCAGCCCCUGAACCUCUGCUGCACUCCAUGGAUGAUCUGCCUGGGGGCUCUACCCCCGCCACACUGGUUAUCAAGGCUGGCUGGCUGUACAAGAACCCGCCGCAGGGAUCUUAUAUCUAUCAGAAACGAUGGGUGAGACUGGAUGUUGAUUACCUGCGAUACUUUGACAGUAACAAGGACACCUACUCUAAGCGCUUUAUUUCUGUCGCCUGCAUUUCUCGUGUGGCUGCCAUUGGGGACCAGAAGUUCGAAGUGAUCACAAACAACCGGACCUUUGCCUUCCGGGCAGAGAGCGAUGCGGAGCGGAACGAGUGGGUGCAGUCCUUGCAGCGGGCAGUGGCCGAACAGCAUGCCCGGGCCCAGCAGUCUGGCGCUUACCUGGUGGGAGUUCGAAGCUUAGAGCAGCACGACCGCGCCGGCAACCUGGAGCUGCGUGGCUUCAAGAAUAAGCUAUAUGUGGCUGUAGUUGGGGAUAAAGUGCAGCUUUAUAAGAACCUGGAGGAAUACCACAUGGGCAUCGGCAUCACCUUCAUCGACAUGAGUGUGGGCAACGUGAAGGAAGCUGACCGGCGCAGCUUCGACCUCACCACGCCCUACCGCAUCUUCAGCUUCUCGGCUGACUCGGAGCUCGAGAAGGAGCAGUGGCUGGAGGCCAUGCAGGGAGCCAUUGCUGAGGCGCUGUCCACCUCGGAGGUGGCUGAACGCAUCUGGGCGGCAGUCCCCAACAAGUUCUGUGCUGACUGUGGGGCUGCCCAGCCUGACUGGGCCUCCAUCAACCUCUGCAUCGUCAUCUGCAAGCGCUGUGCAGGGGAGCAUCGUGGCCUGGGCGCUGGCAUCUCCAAGGUGCGGAGCCUGAAGAUGGACAGGAAAGUGUGGACAGAAACCCUCAUCGAGCUCUUCUUACAGCUGGGCAAUGGUGCUGGGAACCGCUUCUGGGCAGCCAACGUGCCCCCCAGUGAGGCCCUGCAGCCCAGCAGCAGCCCUGGAGCGCGGCGGCACCACCUGGAGGCCAAGUAUAGGGAGGGCAAGUACCGGCGCUACCACCCGCUCUUUGGCAACCAGGAGGAGCUGAACAAGGCGCUGUGUGCUGCAGUCACAACCACAGACCUGGCUGAGACCCAGGCUCUCCUGGGCUGUGGGGCUGGGGUCAACUGCUUCUCAGGGGACCCUGAAGCCCCCACACCCCUGGCUCUUGCUGAGCAGGCUGGGCAGACACUGCAGAUGGAAUUCCUUCGAAACAACCAAACCACAGAUGUCCCUCGGGUGGACUCAAUGAAGCCCCUAGAAAAGCACUACUCAGUUGUCCUGCCAACUGUCAGCCAUAGUGGCUUCCUCUACAAGACUGCUUCCGCCGGCAAGCUGCUGCAGGACCGCCGGGCCAGGGAAGAGUUCAGCCGGCGCUGGUGUGUCCUCAGUGAUGGGGUCCUGAGCUACUAUGAGCAUGAGCGGGCAGUGACACCCAACGGCGAGAUUCGAACCAGUGAGAUUGUGUGCCUGGCAGUGCUUCCUCCAGACUCUCAUGGCUUUGAGCACACCUUUGAGUUGUACACAGAGGGAGAACGGCUGUACCUGUUUGGGCUGGAGAGUGCGGAGCUGGCUCGUGAGUGGGUCAAGUGCAUUGCCAAGGCAUUCAUGCCUCCCUUGGCUGAGGAUCUGCUGGCCCGGGACUUUGAGCGACUUGGGCGCCUACCCUACAAAGCUGGCCUGAGCCUCCAGCGGGCCCAGGAGGGCUGGUUUGCUCUGACCGGCUCUGAGCUCCAUGCUGUCUUCCCAGAGGGGCCCUGCGAGGAGCCGCUGCAGCUCCGGAGACUGCAGGAGCUUUCCGUCCAGGGGGACAGCGACAACCAGGUGCUGGUGCUGGUGGAGCGAAGGAGAACACUGUAUAUCCAGGGGGAACGGCGGCUAGACUUCAUGGGUUGGCUGGGGGCCAUCCAGAAAGCAGCAGCCAGCUUGGGGGACACCCUGUCUGAGCAGCAGCUUGGGGACUCGGACAUCCCAGUGAUUGUGUACCGCUGUGUGGACUACAUCACGCAGUGCGGGCUGACCUCCGAGGGCAUCUACCGAAAGUGUGGGCAGACAUCAAAGACCCAAAGGCUGCUGGAGAGUCUACGGCAGGAUGCUCGCUCUGUGCACCUCAAAGAGGGUGAACAGCAUGUCGACGAUGUCUCCUCUGCACUCAAACGCUUUCUACGGGACCUGCCAGAUGGCCUCUUCACGCGUGCCCAGCGCCUAGCCUGGCUGGAGGCCUCAGAGAUUGAGGAUGAGGAGGAGAAGGUCUCCAGGUACCGAGAGCUCCUGGUGCAUCUGCCUCCUGUCAACCGUGCCACGGUGAAGGCCCUUAUCAGCCACUUGUACUGUGUCCAGUGCUUCUCAGACACAAACCAGAUGAACACACACAACCUGGCUAUUGUGUUUGGGCCCACACUCUUCCAGACAGAUGGGCAGGACUACAAGGCUGGCCGGGUGGUGGAAGACCUCAUUAACCACUAUGUGGUGGUGUUCAGUGUGGAUGAGGAGGAGCUGAGAAAGCAGAGGGAGGAGGUCACUGCCAUUGUGAAGAUGCGAGUGGCUGGCACUGCCAGUGGGACCCAGCAUGCUGGUGACUUCAUCUGCACAGUCUACCUGGAAGAGAAGAAGGCAGAAAGUGAACAGCAUAUCAAGAUCCCAGCAUCCAUGACAGCUGAGGAACUUACUCUGGAGAUCCUGGACCGCCGCAACGUGGGCAUUAGGGAGAAGGACUACUGGACUUGCUUUGAGGUCAAUGAGAAGGAGGAAGCUGAGCGCCCGCUGCACUUUGCAGAAAAGGUGUUGCCUAUCCUGCAUGGGCUGGGGAUAGACAGCCACCUGGUGGUGAAGAAGCACCAGUCCAUGGAAGCCAUGCUAGUAUACCUGGCCAGCCGUGUGGGUGACACCAAGCAUGGAAUGAUGAAGUUUCGUGAGGACCGAAGCCUGUUAGGUCUGGGGCUGCCCUCAGGUGGCUUCCAUGAUCGCUACUUCAUCCUCAAUAGCAGCUGCCUGCGGCUCUACAAGGAGGUCCGGAGCCAGAGGCCGUGGAGCGGGGCCCCUGAGACUAGUCACCGGCCUGAGAGGGAAUGGCCUGUCAAGAGUCUCAAAGUCUACCUGGGCAUAAAGAAGAAACUCCGGCCACCCACCUGCUGGGGCUUCACGGUGGUACAUGAGACAGAGAAACAUGAGAAGCAGCAGUGGUACCUUUGCUGUGACACACAGAUGGAGCUUCGGGAGUGGUUUGCCACUUUCCUCUUUGUGCAGCACGACGGCCUGGUGUGGCCCUCAGAGCCCUCGCGUGUGUCCCGGGUAGUGCCUGAGGUACGGCUGGGCAGUGUGUCGCUGAUCCCCCUGCGUGGCAGUGAAAAUGAAAUGCGCCGAAGCGUGGCGGCCUUUACUUCAGACCAGCUUUCUGUCCUCCGCAAUGUCUGAGUGCUGGAUUCAGCCUGGCUGUGCGAUUCUGCUGCCGUGACCGUGACCGUGACCGUGACCUGACUGUGACUGGGAAGCAUUCCUGUUCAGACACCCUCAUGCUCUGCAUGCCUGGCAUGAGCCAGCAGGGGCCACAUGAGGAAGCCGCACCCCAUAUCCCACAUCCUGACUGUAGCUUUGGGCUCUCUGGCUGGGAUGGGAGCAGCAGGGCAGCCCCUCCUGGUAGUCCAGGUGCAUGGCCCACCUGGGCCAGCCCGCUCACCCCAGGGUCACUCGCCCUGAGUUUGUGGGCUUGGGGAGAUGGGCACAAGCUCUGGGGGACAUCAUUUUUCCAGAGGCUGGAGGCCUUGGGGCCCCGCUGGAAGGGAGCCUCCCCACACCCCGCCACAAAUGCCAGAGCAGCAAAAGGCAGGGGCUGGAAAGGAGCACUCAGCAGAGUGGGGAGGGAGCUCUUUGGGACUGAGAGCUGGACUAUGGGGACUUCAGGCCCCUUCCAGCCUGGGCUGGCCAGGAGGGCCCAGGCUGCCUGAUACCCCUACCCCACUUUGGGGGUCCUUUUGAUAAUAUAAAUAUAUCUGUGUAUUUUA